CCGGAGACCACUGGAAACACCGUGUCGCUGGUCUUGUACUCCAGCGACCCUGAGACGGGGACUUGGCGGCUGUCGAAGGGGAUGUCUGCGGAGGGCUGCGGUAGUCCCUCCGUCGUGGCGUGGGAGGGCAACAAACUUUUGAUGAUGGCCGCGUGCGAGGACGGCCGCCGCAGAGUGUACGAGUCAGAUAAUAAAGGGGAGACGUGGACGGAGGCGCUCGGGACGCUCUCGCGCGUGUGGGGCGGCGCACCUGCUGGCGCCGGGCCCGGCGUUCCAAGUGGGUUCAUCACCGCGACGAUAGGGGGCAGUGGUGAGGGCAGGAGGGUGCUGCUCGUCACCCUGCCGGUGCAUUCGGGGGACGGCGGAAAUGGCCAACUCCACCUUUGGCUCGCCGACGCCGCCCACGUUGUCGAUGCUGGGCCGAUACCCACCGCGGGCGACGGAGAGGAUUCUGCCGCCGCCGCUGCUGCCAGUGCGCUGCUGCUGAAAGGUGGCACCGAGUUGAUUUCAGUGUACGAGAAGCGGAAGAGUGGCAAAGCGCAAGCAGCCGGGCUUUUUGCGGUGCAACUCACGUCGCAGCUGGGGCGAGUAAAGGAGGUGGUGGAAACAUGGAAAACGGUGGACGCACGUGUCGGGGAGCUGUGCCCUUCCUCGGCGGCUGCUGCGAGUGGCGGGGCGUGCGGCGCUCGGGUGCCCACGGCCGGGCUGGUUGGGCAUUUGGCUGGCACCGUCACUGGGACUGCGUGGGUGGACGAGUACCUCGGCGUGAACGCGACUGUGAAAGGUGGUGCUGAGGCGGCAGGCACGGAGGGGGGCGUGACGUUCAAAGGCCGUGGCUCGUGGGCGGAGUGGCCCGUGGGCAACGGGGGGCGGGUGCAGCCCUACCACUUUGCAAACUACAACUUCACCCUCGCGGCGACGGUGACGAUCCACGCGGCGCCGGAGAAGGGGGACAGCCCUCUGCCUCUGUUGGGGACAAAGAUGGAUGCAAAUGGGGGCGGCGCCGCAGCCUUCGGUCUGUCGUACACGAGCGACAAGAAGUGGCGUGUGCUGUGCGGGGACGGGGCGGGCGGCCCAGACACCAGCACGUGGGAGCCAAAGAAAAGCUACAACGUGGCCAUCAUGCGCCAGGGCGGCGGCCAGGGCUCCGUGUACAUUGACGGCUUGCGUGUGGGAGGCUGGCAGCCGGAGCAGCGGUGCGAAACGCAGACAGGCGUCAUCUCGCACUUCUACAUUGGCGGGGACGGCGGCGGCGCAGCAGAGCCAGCGAGUGAAGGUGGCCGUGUGACGGUGACGAACGUCCUGCUGUACAACCGCCCGCUGGGUGCGGAUGAGAUUGGCGCCCUUCACAAGAAAACCGUCCCCAGUUCGGCGCCGGAAGAACCAACGCCACUGAAGUCGGAGGGUCCUGCUACAAGCGAAGACGUUCCCAAGAGCGAUGUGGACGCCACUUCGCCUGUGCCGCAGCGUGGGCCGCAAGCCGCGUCCUCGCCUACUCCCGGCAACGCACUGGCAACGGGACACGUACCCUCGCAGCGGGAGGCCCAGAGUGCAGAUCGGGGCGGUGCCGCUGCAGACGCCGCGGCGGCAAAGGAUGCGGCAUCUGUCCCUGCGACCCGCAGCAACAGCAGCAACAGCGGCGGGGGCGGUGGGGGCCUGCUGCAGAAGCGCAACGCCGAGGACGGCGCUGUGCGUGGGCGCCGAGUGGUGCCGCUGCUGCUUCUGUUGGGGCUGUGGGCCUUUGCGGCGUUGUGA